UGAACUAGUCUGUUCUCCAACGUUGCAAUGAGUGAAGGUGGAAACGCUGCUCCGGCCACUCCGACGGCCAAUUUCAAAACGUUCAGGGAGCUGCGAUUGGAGCGUCGCGGUGCGCUCCUGGAGAUUCAAUUCAAUCGGCCGGCGGUGCAGAAUGCGCUGCGCCGUCGCACCGUCUACGAGCUGCUGCGCGCCUUGGACGUGGCCAAUGCGGACGAGACGGUCAGCCUCGUUGUGCUGACGGGCAAUGCAAAGGCGUUCACCUCGGGCAACGACCUCACCGAUCUGCUCGCGCUCCAGCGGAAGAGCGGCACCGAGGCACUGGACCUGCACUUUCGCGCCUCGAACUAUGUGAUGAAGUCGCUGGUGAAGAAGAUGCUCAACAAUCGCAAGGUCCUGGUGGCCCUGGUCCAGGGCAACUGCAUUGGCCUGGGCGUUGUCAUCUGCGCGCUGUGCGACAUUAUCUACGCCACGGAAUCGGCCCAGUUCUGGAUGCCCUUCUCGCAGCUGGGCCUGUGCGCCGAGGGCGCCACCAGCUGGACGCUGCCCCAGCUGCUGGGCCGCAGCAAGGCAGCGGAGCUGCUGCUGUUCGGCGAGCGGCUGGACGGCAAGGCGGCACUGCAGCACGGCAUGAUCGCCAGCCUGGUGACCGACGAGCAGGAGUUCUGGAGGCGCAUGGAGCAGCAUUCCCGACUGCCGGCCGCCUCGUUGCGCAGCUCCAAAAAGCUGCUGCUGCAGCCAUGGCGCCAGCAGCUGCUCGACGCCCUGGACGCCGAGUGCGAACAGCUGGAGGCACUGCGUCUCGGCCCCACCUAUCGAGCCCAAAUAAUGGCCUUUGCCAGAAGGAGCAAGCUGUGAAUUCCUCUAAUUGCCUAGAUAAUAGGUACACUAAGAUAAUAUUCCU